GCUGAAAGAAGCCUCUUCAGUAGGACCUGGGAACUGCAGUUGUGGGGGAGUCCAGUGCAGUGCUUCUCCUGGACGCAGACUCAUCUUGGAUUGGAAGAUGGAGAGGAGGACCAUGUUUUGCCCCCUGAUAUUCAUCCUGAUACCACUGUUACUGGAUUAUUCCUCAGGCCUGAGUGAUGUGAUUGUUUCCUCCCUUGAGCUGUCAGUCCAUGUGGGUGAUUCAGCUCUGAUGGAAUGUGUUUUCCAGCGCACAGAAGAGAAACGUGUGAUCAAGGUAGACUGGAUGUUCUCAUCGAAAGAGCAUGCCAAGGAGGAUUACGUGCUGUACUACUACUCCAACCUCAGUGUGUCUGUGGGCCGCUUCCGGAAUCGGACCCUCUUGGUGGGGGACAUCUUACACCACGACGGUUCUCUCCUGCUCCAAAAUGUGGAGGAAGCUGACCAGGGGACCUAUACCUGUGAAAUCCGCCUGGAAAUGGAGAGUGAGGUGUUGAAACGGAGCGUGGUGCUGCACGUGCUGCCUGAGGAGCCCAGAGAGCUCACAGUUCAUGUGGGUGACCCGACUCAGAUGGGAUGUGUUUUUGAGAGCACAGCUGAAAAACGUGUGACCAACGUAGAAUGGACGUUCUCAUCAGAAGGGAGUGCCAAGGAGGAGAGUGUGUUGCGCUAUAACCCCAACCCCAAUGCACCUGUGGGGUACCCCCAAACCUGGGGCCGCUUCCAGAACCGCGUAAGCCUGGUGGGGGACCCUUCCCACAAUGGUGGCUCCAUCAUGCUCCAAGGAGUGAAGGAGUCUGACCGAGGAAACUACACCUGCAGAAUCUACAUGGGGAACAAGCAAUUCAAGAAAACUAUUAUGCUGCAUGUGAUCCUGAAAGAGUCCCAAAGACUGGUGACAUCAGGACUGCCCAAAUCCGAGAUCCUGGCUGGUGGCCAGCUGGUGACCAUUGUGGGGAUCAUCUGCGCCACCAUCCUGCUGCUCUCUGUGUUGAUACUGAUUAUGAAGAGGACCCACAUAAGCAUGAGUUCACCAACUUCCACAAAAAACCUGGAGAACACAAAGAAAGCUGAAGAAGAGAAGCACGUUUACUCCCCAAUAAUACCCAUGGUGCCCGAGGAAGAAGAACCAAGUGGAAAAUCAGAAGCCAUGUACAUGACUAUGCACCCAGUUCGGCCUUCUCUAAGGUCAAUGCCACCUGAAGGGAAGUCAGCUUGGGGGGUGCCCCAAACAAUGCAAGCUUUUUGAAAAGAAAGGAGUGUUCCCUUCAUUCUCAGCAGUCGCAGAAACUCUCUCCCCGUGCCUCCUGAGUACCCCACCAACUAUUUCAGGAACCCCGUACCCUCCAGUUGACCUCCAGCCUCAUUGCCUGGUCAGAGGGCUGAAGAUGGAGCAUUCAGAAUCUGGCAGAAAGAUGGAUGGCUCUGGAGGAACAGGCCCUGAGAAGGGGCGGGAGUGUGGCGAUGGACUUGGUCUCUCUGGAGGGGGGCUCUGGACCUGGGGAACCUGACUGAGCUGCUGAAGACAUGCCAGCAAAUCAGCCCCUCUGCUUGGACAUUGUUCUUGGCUGAGUUACAGGGAAGGAUCACAGGAAUCAAAUCCAAUCAAAAGGAUUCCUUUGGCAAAUUAUCUCAAAAUAAAUGUGUUUUGAGGAAAUCCUCCUGUUUUUAUGCCCUGGCUGAGGGGCGAGUGGAGACUUGGUGAGGAAUUCACAGUCAGGAACUCUUAGGGGAGCUAGAGUUCCUGGCGGAAUCCUGUGUGACUCACCCAUGGGGGACUGGUCUUGGCCCUGGGAAUGUUUUUUGGGAAUGUUUUUGGAGGGUGAACAGGUUGGAGGUGGGCUAUACUACGGGUAUAGGGUUUAAGCCAGUGCUUCUUAAUUCUGGACGGACCUCACAUCACCAGUGGCUUUUUUCUGGCCUCACCACAGGCAUCCUGACUUGAAAUCUCUAGGCAGAGCUUGGGCACCUGUCUCUUUCAAAAUGACAGGUGUGGGUCACCAGAGUGGAGCCACUUGCACUUGCUUCAUCUGAAAUGUGAGGUUUCCACUUUAAGAUUUGGUAAGGUUCGUCUUAAAAAUCCUUUGGUGGGCCUUCCUGGUGGCUCAAGGGGUUAAGACACAGCACUGUGAAGCUAUCCCCAGCCACUGUAGCAAGAGUUCGAUCCCCAGCCAGAGAGAUGACCCACAUGGCGCAGCAGACCUCUCCUGUCUGGCCCACUGCUCCCCUCAGCAGUGUAUUUCAGUACAUCUGCCUGCUUUGCUCCCCACUCUGUCUCUGGUGAAUCCUCUCACCCCCUGCAUCUCUGGCCUGUACCCCAGCUC